AUGGACUUCUCAUUGAUCAGAGAGUCUGACAUCAUGCAAAGCCCUAGCAAAAUCGUUGGCGCCUCUGCCUCCACUACAAACCCUGCUGUGUAUGGACUUCCAAGGGUUCUUGAUCCAGCCAACAUGAAAAGUACCCUUCGCUGCCGGAUUCCUGAAGAGACAUUUGAGAAGUUGCACUUUUGCUGGCUCUUCCUAUGGGCAGCUAAUUUGCGGUCGCGGCAGAAGUUGUCUUAUCGUGGAUGUGUUCACUGGUGCCAAAGUUUUACCUCCACAGCUCCCAUUUGGCAACAACACUUAUUUCUACUCUGGCAUGCUGACAGCUCCCCUUGCAUCGCCAAACUCACACCUCCUAGUUUGCGCAGCAUCCAAACAGGGCGCUUGGGUGGAGGUGAAGAAGAUAGAGAGUUAGUGUUUAUUGGGAGUGAUGUGAGGAGCCCGGCGUUUUCUUGCGCCAGCUUAGGACGAUGGAGUGGGAGGAGCAAUUGCUUGUACUAUGGGUAUUACGAUCCACCCUUGGUGUUGCAUGGGCUUGGUGAUGAUGCAGAUGCUGCGUGGGAUCCAAACAAUGACCCUGAUGACCUUGUGUUCAAGAGGAACUGGUACAUCCAACUGCAGCCCUUCUGGGUGUACCCAAGCAUGCUCUAUCGCUGA